AUGUCAAGCGGGCCAGCCGCCGGUCAGAACCUUAAGAAGCUUGGGUCACUUCCAGGCGUGGAUCCCUUCGACAACUCUCUUUCAGUGCAAGAGAUCUUUGGAAACCUUUCAGGAUCAUUGCUUUUGGAUGCCAUUUUCCAGACCUACCAGAUCGGUGACAACAAGACUCGUGUUAGGUUCUUCCUGGACGAGAACUCCACUGAUGACACCGCAGUGCCAUUUGCUAGCAGGCAAGUUGGAAUAGUACGUCAUGCAUUCAAUCAGAGGCGACAUGCUGGAGUGAAACAAGCCUACAUUAAAAGCUGCAUGGCCCGGGGCAUAGUGGAGGGAGUCCGUGGAGAGUGUUGGAUAGGUGAACCAAAGCCUGAUGCGCUUGGUGUUCGUAAGGGCCCAUACCAAGCUUUGACAUACGGUUCUUUGUUGGAGUCGUUCUACACGGCUCUCAACAUGGAACCGGGGAAUCCUUUGUUGAUCCGUACCCUACAAAGAGGAUUGGAGUGUCGACUCUUUUCACACAAAGUUCCCGAGAGUGUGGCCAAAUACAUGGUCAAACUCCACAAUCGAUUCCAUCAGGGUGCUGGCGUUUCGUUCAUCGAGCUGAUACAAACAGUCCCAGAUGUGGAAUUUGGACUGGCAAAAUUCAAGAAGGACAACGGCAUCACUUGGAGCACCAAAGGGUACGAGACCAAAUGCUCACAGUGGUUGCGUGGCCAUCAAGAUUGGGGUGAAUCAUUUCCAGAGUGGUCUUUGUUUGAAAGUGCACGGAGUGCUUACAACCUGCUCAACAAACGUCUUGAGCUUUGGGACGAGUUCCAAACCGAAAUGGGUGAAUUGUGUGACUUUCACAACGCCAAGAUCAACAACAGCACAGUCUUACAGAACAUCUCGCAUUGCGCCAGCAGCAUCUUGACAAGCAUUUGGGAUGGAAUGGACGAGACAGAUCUGCAGACGCUCGUGAUGGAAUGUGAUCCACAGAUUGCGCCAGAGGAUGGUUUGGAAGUCACCACGGUGAAUUGUCAACGGGGAGUCAGACAGAAGCUGUGGGUAGAUGACAUGGUCAUGUGCAUCAAUCACGCGAUCAGCAGCGUCAAGAACAAGACCAUGUUCAAUCGCCUUGAGAACCAGGAGUUUGAAAGCUUGAAGAAAGAGCUCUUUCGAGUUGGUUUGACAUUUGCCAUCAAAGGAUCCUACUUGCUCCCAGGCACGAACGGCAAGCCUGCCAAGUUGUACCGAAAGUGGAGCUCUCUUCGUCCAGCACUGCAGACAUAUGCUGUUGCUCAGCUGGUGGAGGUUCUGAAGAGGCAGCUGAGUCAAUGCCUGGUACAUGAUAAAGCCGAAGGCGAUCAGACAGCCAUUGAGUCGUUGGUGGAUUCUGAGGUUGCAUUGUCAGAUGCAUCAGUCGCAUGGUCAACCAAGAUCAUUUCAUUUGGCCAUCAUGUUGGGAAGUGGCUUGCAUCAGAGGCCGACAAGACUGUGGCUUUGGACAACCGGGCUGUCACAUCACAUUCAACAUUUGGGCACAUGAAGGCGCAAAUGCUUAUGUCGUGUACUUGCUCACACUCAAGCGGCGAUGCCUCAGCAUGUUCGCUCCAUUGCCCAUCGCCAUCACUGGCUGACAUUGUGUACAUCAUUUGUCAAGCAGUUCACCCUGUCUUUGGUGAUGGUUUCACAUGCUUCACCAACCUGUUGAUUGAGAAGACCGCCUCAGGAUGGACCACCGAGUUGUCAGAAUGCCUGAAGGGAUUGCCAUUCCAACUUGAACUUGGCCACGUGAUGGUUCUAAUGCGGAUGCGUGCCACCUAUGUAGUGCAGCUAUUGGUUUCUACUUGCGAGAAGCAUGCCACAGCUUUUCAAACAUUAUUCAAGAGACUUCGUGACCCAGAGACCCACAAGUCAUUGACAGAGCUUGACGCAUGCAUCAUCUCUGGUGCAGAAGCCUUCUGUGAGGCAUGGACAUCGGCACUUGUUGUUCUGAACAAGGACCAAGUUCUGGACAAGCAUGCCAUUCUGAAGUCGCAUGGCAUCAAAAUCUUGGAUGCAUCUUCGAUGGAAGCAGCUGAUGUUGGGAAAGGUGAAAGCACAGAUGGGACAACACAACCAUCUGACACCCUCUUUGGCGUCAACGAUCUCAUCCAGUUCACUACUUGCAGCCGUGUAUUGCCAGCUGACACCAACAUGGCGCUGAUGCAUUUGAUGCAGUUGACAUUGUUCGAACAAGCCAGGAAAACUGAGAAGCACCAUGGCAAGUCAUUGUUGGUGCACAUGUCCGACAAUGACAAGGGCAAAUCUGACAUUGAGAUUCUGUACCAAGUCCCCCAUGCAUCAUCAGUCUAUCUUUCGCCCAAAGAUGAAUCCAUCAAGCUUUGCAAGCUUCCUGCAGACUUCAAGUUGGUCUUCUUUGGAAAACCAAUUCUUCAGAUACCUUUGCUACCAGAGCAACAGCAACGAGAAGAUGAUGAUGAGGAAUCCUGGAAACGUUACGGCGGUUUGGACUUUGCUGUGCAUGCUGCUGGGUUCAAUAGCCUGAACAAUGCGGUCUUUUCGGUCGCAUGGAUGGUUCCAUGUGUGGCAGAUGAGUCGUGCGAAACAUGCUUGGAAUUUGACACCGAAACCACUCAGUUCUCUUUCACAUUUGGUGGAGAAGACCAUGGGCAGAUCAAGCUCACUUACGCGGUUCUUCGUGCUACUGAGUCAUCCAUUUGCUUUGUCAAAGAGAUCAAUGGCAACCAAUAUGCGGUCUUGAAACGAGGAUUGCUGCUUCUUGGCAAUGAUCAGUCAUCAGUUUUGCACUCUCUGAUCGUCUGA